AUGUGGAGAGGGGAUAAAUGGAAUCGAGCUGCAAAAACAGGCGAUCUUAAAAGGACGAAGAAGAAGGAAAGGAACAGACUGAGCCCGAUGAAAGGGGCGAUCGGCACAGGUUGCAGGUACAUGCGGGCAGGUGCUGGAAAGGGCAAGGAAGUGCGGGAAAGUGCAGCGCUGCAAGUACCCGGUACCACCUGCAGGUCGCACGGAAGUGCUGUUAGUGGCUGGUGGCGGUACCUAGGGCGCUGGGCAGCGGAGCACAGGCGUGCCAGGUACUGCAUACGAGGCGGCCACAGUGGAGCAGCCGCUAAGCUACGGGGGGCCAGUCCUGCCAGUCAGGCCCUGGCCAGCUGCAAAGAGCCAGGAACAGGUACAUGUACUAGUCGCGGUGGCUGCAGGACGGCACGCAUGGCGCACAUGGAGGUACCGAAUACCAGCGCAGGCUUCCGUGCUAAGCGUGUACCGAUACGCACACUUGUCGCAGCCGGUGACAUUUUGGCUGUACAGUGACAUCUGUCGUCAGGAGUGCUAAGAAAAGC